UUUUAUCAUAUUCUCUAUAGGUAUCAUGAGAUCUCUUUUUAUAUUUAGUCACAUAUAGAGCCCUAUUUUUAAUUGUCAUAUGAACCAAGCAUCAGUCCAUUUGACUAGUGCAAUAGGGGCGUUAGUUUGACUCCUUUCACCGUUAUUGUACUUAACCUUUAGUUUUCUGUAUAUGUUAUUAAGCACACGGUUUCCUUCAGUGCGCAUGAAUGCCAAUUUGAACCCCCUGUGGAAACGAUUUCAGCGUUUUUAUAAGGCAUUACCACUUUUGAGAUGAUAAUAUUCUGCUACAUGAAUAUAAUUAAUGAGUAAUAUUAUUCUUAGUCAAUCGUGACCUAUUUUCUUGUGUAGUCUAUCGCAUGUAUAACGUUAUCCUAUGUCCUUUUCUGCCUUUAUAUGAUGAUAACGAGAUCUUCCUAUGUUUCCUCUAUAUAUAAUUCCUUAUUUAAUUUAGAGUUCCACGAAAUUUUUCGUUACUGCUUUUUUUCUAUUAAUUUGGAUUCGUAAUCUAUGGAUGUUUUAUUAUCGCAGCAAAUUGAACAGCUCAAAGAGAAACAAUUGGUGCUUGAAACUCAGUUGCAGGAUGAUGGAACGACUGCUAUAGAACAUUGUGAGGAUUUUGGUGAUUAUCGUCAGGUCCAUGAGAUCGCUCCGAACGACAGCACCGAAGGGGAAAAAAAAGAUCCGCUUUUAAGCCCGCAAACACGUGCUGCUCAAUUCUCCGAUACCAAAAACAUGCUUAUUCACGACCGUCUUCAAGAGCUGCAACAUCUCAAACAUAAGCACCAACGCAGUGCGAGGCGAGCCCUUCAAAAGUACUUUAGUGCGAUAAGCGACUACCCGGACUAUCAGAAGCGACGGGAAAAGAAUUUAAAGGCACAGCCAUUUUCCUUUCUCUCCCGUGAGCUACAUCACCCCCCCCGAAUUCAUGACCGUCGCAUGCUUGAAGCACGCCAACAGAAGGAGGAGGAGCUGGACAGGCUGUUGCACACAUCCUUUCAGGCCAACCCUGUCCCACCCACGACCUUUAUGAACAAAUACGAGCUCAUGGUACAGGAAUGGCGGGAACGGAAGUUAGCGGUCGGACGGCUCGCAAGAGAGCGGGCUGAACGGGAGCGUGAAAAGUCCGACUUUAUUCAACUCUCCGCCUUGGAGUUGCGGCAGGCCAGGGAGGAGAUUCUGGGCCCCUAUCGCAAAACUGAUGGGAAUCUGCGGGCGAAACGUGCACAAAGCGCGGACGGUAAUGAUGGUCCAAGACGAGUUCCGUUCAUCACCCAGCCUGAAGAUAUCGCGCUGGAGGUGCGCAUGAGGUUUUGGCCCGCGAUCAAGGAGCACGAACAGGUGCGCAAGGAACGCAUUAAGCAGCUUGCGGUGGAGCUGAAAAAAGAGGUAGACGAGCACAGGCGUAAGGUCAUCCCACUGUUAUCCAGCCCGACCCCUGUUAAACUGUUCGCCGAGCCUCAAGAAGGAUGGUUUGGUGUUGGGCGUUCUCUAGCGGUCGAGACGGGCCCGACACCGACUCAGGUGGCCCCUGUGAAGGAAAGUGCGGCAACCACUUCGGAGAAAUCUCCGCUCCUCGCGAGCAGCCCCACACUGUACAAUCCGAACUUAACUUUUCACCCCAAGAUCCGUCCGGGAGUCCCUCAAUUCCACAAGAUCUGGGCACGCGACUUCUCCGAGGAGUCCGCCUUGCGCAAGAAGAAGCCGCCCGUAACCGUCCCUCAGCCCUUCUCCUUGACCCCCAGCGCAAAGGACGCUGUUAUUUGUGGUAAACGUCCAACAAGGUCGGUUUCUCAGCCGGUCACCAAACGCACACCCCUAGCAUCUUCACGGCCCAUUCGUCAUGCGAAGCACCAGAACAACGAGGGAAAGCAAGAAAAGAAUGGUGAUGACUCAACUAGUGGAGCUCAGACUAAGGCGGUGCCAAAAGGUACACGUGCCCAUGCCUUGCGCACGGAGAUGGUCUACUCUAAAUAUUUAAAGAAUAUCAGGGAUAAAGACUUUGUUCCCGAAGAAGAACAAGCGUAUUUGAAGGAGAUUACCAAGCGUCGCCGAGAGGUAUCUAAGCGCCUUGCGCAAUAUAUUGGCGAUCCGCAUACCGAAAAAGAGAUUACGAUUCGCUCUAAGUUAAAGAAACUGCGUACUAUUAUGAAGGAAAAUGAAAAGGUAGCACAGGAGCGACUGAUGGAAAUGAAAGAACGUGUAGCGCAGAUACCGCCCAUCUUUGUGGAGCCCACCCGGCUCAACAACGUAGCCAAGGCUAGAGUGGAAGCUGAGAAGGAGAUAUUGAACAUGCUGAAGGAAUCAGGUUUAGAUGCUGGAACAAUUUGCUCUAUAAUCACAAGACCUAUGGAUAAUGACAGCGGAGGGAAGCAAAACGUGGAUGAACCUGGUAUAGAGACUGUAAUGCCCAUAUCCGAUGAAAGAGUCGAACCCACACCCGUAGAUCGAAUUGAUAAGACUGAAAAGGAUGUGGCAGAACCGGCACCGAAUGCCAAGGAUCACGACACACGUAGCUCAUCCAAAAGCUCUCGUUCUUCUUCAUCUUCUUCGGUAUCGUCUUUAUCCACAAAGAACAGCUAUAAAUCCAAUAGUAGCGUGGCUCCAUCAAGUCCUGUCGCUGCAGAUAGCCCCAAUGUGGGAGAGGCGACUUCCGGGGAAUUGAAGAAGAGUUCUGCUUACAGCGAUGAUAGCUUUGAAGGGUCCUCUACGUCCUCAUCAGCAUAA